ACAAUGACGUUUAUUUAUUUACAUUUUCAAGUUAAACAUUUUGAUUUUUAUUUGAGUGUUGAUCGUGAAAAAAUAGAAAUUUAAUUUUACUUAAUAGCGGUGGCAUGCAUAAUUUAGAAUCGGAUAGUGAAGACGAACUUCCUCCUGGUUGGGAAGAAAAGUCUACCGAAGAUGGAAACGUGUAUUUCAUCAGCACUUGCACUAAUAAAAUACAGUGGACUCAUCCUCGUACAGGAAAAAAGAAAGUUAUACCUAAGGAGCUGCCUUUUGGCUGGACCAAAACAGUAGAUGAAUCUGGUAAAACGCUUUAUGUGCAGAAAGAGACUGGGGACAAAACAUACAUUGACCCUAGACUGGCCUUUGCUAAGGAAGAGAAGAAACAUGUCCAUGAUUUUCGACAAAAGUAUGAUGGAUCAUCUACAGCUUUCCAGAUAUUACAUGGAGUGGAUUUAUCAGGGAAAUGUGCAUUAAUAACAGGUUCAAAUUCUGGUAUUGGUUUUGAAACUGCAAAAUCUUUAGUAAGACAUGGUUGCACUGUUAUAUUUGCAAACCGAAAUAUGGAAUCUACACAAACUGCUAUAGAGGAAAUAGUAAAAGAAACUAAGGCAUCAGAGGAUAAUUUAAAAACUGUUCAUUUAGAUUUAGCAUCAUUGCACAGUGUGAAGAAGUGUGCUCUUGCUGUCAAAACUAUUACCAGUUGUCUUGAUAUUUUGAUACUGAAUGCUGGAGUGUUUGGACUUCCAUAUAUAGAGACCGAGAAUGAAUUGGAAACAACAUUCCAAGUAAACCAUCUGGGUCACUUGUAUUUGACUCUGUUGCUUGAACCGGUUUUGAAACAUGACAGUAGAGUAGUUUUUGUAUCUUCUGAAUCACACAGAUUUGCAAGUUUAAAAAAUGUAUUCACACAACAAAACAUUUCAAUGACCAGAGACCAGUAUAGUUCUAUGAUGGCAUAUAAUAAUUCCAAAUUAUUUAAUAUUUUAACAGCAAAGGUCCUCAGUGAAGAAUGGCGCAGUAAAAAUAUACGUGUAAACUCCCUUCAUCCAGGCAAUAUGGUGUUUACGAACCUCAGCAAGUCUUGGUGGUUGUACAGAUUAGUCUUCUUUCUUAUUCGCCCCUUUACUAAAUCUUUACAACAGGCGGCCGCCACGUCGGUGUACGUAGCAACAUCGGCCGAUCUCGACGGCGUCACAGGACUAUACUUCAACAACUGCUUCUAUUGCGAGGAGUCGACCCUAGCUCGGGAUAAGGACAUAGCCAACGAAGUGUUCGCUAUGUCGCUCAAGAUGAUCGACGACCGAAUGGGUUCGGAAGGUAUUGAGAAGUACAUAGAUAGAUAUUGCGUCGCAAAUAUUCAGUCUGAGAGGUGAGGUUUUUCUAAUUGUAAUGGGUUGUUAAUCUGUGGUCAACAAUGAACUGUAGUAACGUCGCACUGCUGGGUAUGCUUUUAUCCACAUAAGAAAAAGAUAUAAUUAUUAGAUAGUAUUUUAGUUAUUUGCAUAGAUUAGAUAUUUAUAUUGAAAUUUGUGAGAAAUCAAUGAUAUGAUUAUUAUUAUUUUAUAUUCUCAUUUUAACGAAAGACCGGAAUAUUUAUAUCAUAUUCCAUGUAUCAUUUUAUAUCAAUCUUCAAGAGUGUAAAGGCAACGGAAUAUGAAAUUAUUGCCAUAUUACAAAUAAAACAUAAUAUUAAUUUGUUAAAUUAUAAAAAAGAUAUAUACAAUAAAUACAUGUCUUGUA